CUGGAGACCCCACAUAAAGGCGACGCUCGCGCCGGCGACAAAGGCAGAUUCUUUCCCCCCCUUCUCAUAGAUCCAAUCCCGAGAUGCGCUUACAUCUCCCGUUGCUGCUGGCCUCGCUGGCUGGGGUCGUCGUGUCGGCACAGGAGGUGGUGGAUCUCGGCUACGCAAAGUACAAAGGUGAUGCAGCAAAGGUACCGGGCUACACGGCCUUCUACGGUCUCCACUAUGCCGUAGCGGAGCGCUUCGGGGCGCCUCGUCCCCCACACAGCCUCGCCUCGAAGGGCAUCAUCAACGCCGAUGACACACACACGGUGUGCUUCCAAGGACUGACCGAGAAUGCCGCCGCCGCAGGCAAGAACCAGUCCGAAGACUGCCUCCUCCUCGACGUUUACACGCCUCACAAUACAUCCAAUUCACACGCCCGCCUGCCGGUCCUCGUCUACAUCCACGGUGGAUCCUACCAGCUCAACUCCAAGAACGAAGUAGAUCCGACACUGAUGGCCGAGCACUCGGAUCAGCCCUUCAUCCUCGUCUCGAUCAACUACCGGCUCGGCGUCUUUGGGUUCAACCAGGGCAAGGAGUUCCACAAGCUCGGCGGCGUGGCCAAUGGCGCGCUUCUUGACCAGCAAGAAGCGCUUCGCUGGAUCCAGAAGCACAUUGCCAAAUUCGGAGGCGACCCGGACCAUGUCGUUCUCUCGGGCCAGUCGGCCGGCGCAGGCAGUGUGCUCCAGCAUGUCGUCUCGCCCCGCGCAAAGGGCCUCUUCAAGACAGUCUGGACCAUGAGUGUCUUUCUUCCACCACAGCCAACCGCACAGGGAGAAACAAGCAGCAAGACAUACAAGGAGCUCGUCGACGUGGCGGGGUGCGCCAAGGUCCGAAACAGCCUUAAAUGUCUUCGCAAGCUCGAUGCAAACGCCAUGCUCAACGCUUCGCUCGUCCUCUCAAACAAGUCGACGUACACCUACUUUCCCUGGCAGCCCGUCAUCGAUGGAAAGGUAAUUGUCGAAAACCCAUACAAGACGCUGGGAGAGGGACGGCGCGCAAUCAAUGGUCAAGCGAUCCUCGUGGGCUCGCAGGUCAACGAGGGUGUCAUCAUUCUCUACCAGAAUCAGACGACGCCGGCUGAGACACACAAGGAGGUCCGACGCCUCUUCCCUCGCCUGUCAGAGCAUCGUGUUCAGCAGUUACUGCGUCUAUACCCGCGUGUGGACAACGAGGACGGCCGUGUGGCAGAGCUGAUCUCUGAUGGCUUCUUCAAAUGCGCCUCGAAUGCCCUCGCUUCAGCGUUUCAUGCUCAUGGGAAGGCGGCUUACCGCUACUCGAUCGAGGUGCUUCCCUCGCUGCACGGGCAGGACCUCGUCUACUUCUACAAUCGCAGCGCCGACCUGCUCGACUUCUACGGUCCCCCGCAGCCCGACGUGGUGCCUUCGGUGGUCAAGCAGACGACGCGCUUCCUCUUUGCCAAGGACGUAUCAGCCUCGUCUUCGUCGUAUGCCGGUGUCAAGUUCAAUCCGUCAGACGAGAAGCUCAUGUCGUACGACUCCAAGCACAAGACCUUGACUCCGUGGACGUUCCGGGGAGUCAAUCUGAAAAACGAGACGGCCGCGAGCGGUGUGCAGAGAGAGGCGACCUCGGCAAAGAUCACCUCGGCAGCGGUGGGCAACAAGGAGGACGUCUGCCGCUUCUGGAUCGACAACUUCCCUGACUUGUACUAGAACCAUCCCCUACCCCGUCCUAUCUGUCCUUGUCCUAAUGUGAUC